AUGUCUCAGUCCGAUGUGGAGAAAGACUAUGAUGAACUACAGUCAGACCUCGAAGAGGAGGACUGCGGUGAUGGCUUCCACGUUGGCGAACGUCUGGACCCUCCGCAAGCGCGUUUAUACACUACUCAAGGUUUACACACCCUAAUCCAUGAAGGCGUUAUCGACCUUAAUCCCCCUUAUCAGCGAGGUCUCGUUUGGACGGAGCCGAAGCAGAUGAAAUUGCUUGACUCCAUUUACCGCAACUUUUAUGUGCCGCCUGUCGUGUUCGCGGUCUACAAGGACGAAGAUGGGGAAGAAGUAAUGAAGUGUGUAGAUGGGAAGCAGAGGCUGACGUCGAUCCAGAAGUUCUUUGACGGUCAGAUUCCAUACAGAGACCCAAAGACAAAAAAGACAUAUUGGUAUACUCGUCCAGAGUCCUACAAGACGACACGACUAGAAGUACCUCCCACAUGGAAGCAAGAUUUCGCGUCUAAACAGAUUACAUGUGUCCAGUAUCGCAACCUCUCAAAGUCCUUUGAGCGUGAUAUCUUCCAGAGAGUGCAGCUGGGUAUGCCUCUGACAGCAGCAGAGAAGCUACAAGCCAUCGCCUCUCCCUGGGCCGAGUGGAUUUCUGAUCUUGAAGCACGUUUCAUCAGCAGUGAUGACGGCCUCACAAGCGUCAUUGACGUGGACACGAAGCGCGGCCGCGACUUCCAAUGUCUCUCGCAGCUCGUGUAUUGCUGCGACGGCUACCCAGAGCAUCUCCUCCCAACAUCUCAGAAGAUGGAGUCAUUUGUUUCGCGCAUGGACGUACCGAAUGCGGUAUUCAAGACCGCCAUCAAGGACGUCCUCACAGAGUUCUGGCACAUUGCGAACACCCCACAACUGAAUGCCGCGUUCACCAAUAUUCCUAAGAGGGUCGCACCCGCCGAGUUCGUUUUCAUCGGUCUUCUGCUCUACGUGAUGCGGGACUGUUCGCACGAAAUGCGGGCGACUGAAAUAUUUGAUAUGCGGACGUAUGUCCGGAAGAAAUUCGCGGACGUCCGGAUGCGCAAUGACAUCCUUAAAUACUUGUGGGCUUUCGUCGACGACCUCACGAAUAGGAUGGAUGGCGGACGAGGUACCAUCCAACGCUCCACACGGAGCAGCGGAGACGCCUCCGGCAGGAAGAGACGCAAGAGGAAAAACGACAGCGACAGUGAGGUCGACGAGUAUCGGCCAGUGAGCAACGGAGCGUCGACCAAGCGCUCGAAGGGGCGAGGAAGGUAG